AUGCUACCCGCAAUUCUGUCCAUCGCCCUCAGCCCGGACUGCGGUACGGCCUCGGCCCUCGUAUAUUGCGCGAUGCCGCACACCUUCUUCCCGAAAACGGUAUCCUCGGUUUCGCCGCCGAGUAUCCUGUUUUUCAAGAUGAAAGUGAUGACCAUCAGACCCCUCACCAUGUCUUUCCCCCUCACCGUCGAACGCGAAGGGUUCAACGUUUACUGGGUGACAAUCACGAGCGAGCGACUGGAAGUGUGCGUCCUGCACACAUGUGGCCCCGCCUGGAUCCAUAUCGAAGGCGAAGUCAUCUCCCGCUUUGUAUGCAGGGGAGGCUCGGGGGUUUUCGUGCCGUUCGAUGCCGUCAUGAUGGUGGAGAGCCGGCCUGUCCGCGUUGUCCUCAUCACGGAGGGCGUGACCAUGAUCCGGGUCCAGUCGCCUCGUGGAGCGAUGAUGAUCAUUUUCGAUCGUCUAGAUGCCGAAGCCGCCUCGCAGGGGCAGGAGGCCCAGGAUGAGGAGGAAGAGGAAGAGGAAGACGAGUAUGUCCCGCCGAGUCCUUGA